AUGGCCGCGAAAUCAGAUGGUGCUGCCGCCUCCUUGCAGAGCGAAAUCCCGCCAACGUGCCUGCCGAGUCCCGGACAACGAUCGCCACCGUACCGGCCUGCCGGGAAGGAGUACUCGCUGCUGGACUGCUGCUGGACCCUCUGCGCUCUCUUGGUGUUUUUCUCGGACGGAGCCUCUGACCUGUGGCUGGCCGCGUACUACUACCUCAGACGGGACUAUUGGUGGUUCGCACUCACGCUUGUCUUCAUUAUAAUUCCGUCCAUAGUAGUGCAAGUUCUAAGUUUCCGAUGGUUCGCGUACGAUUACUCAGACUCCAACGGAACUGGCACGGCGGCCGCGGCUGCCGUGGCAGCAUCCAGUGCGGAAAGCCGUUUCAGCACCAAGGACAGCGAUCAGGGGGGCGCUGGCUACUCCGUUGCGGUUGGGGCAGUGCCUGCCACAGGAACCCGGAGCAAGGUCCAGACCUGCUGCAGAGCUUGCAUCUGGCUUUUUCAGAGCCUCGUGCACAUCCUCCAGCUAGCUCAGGUCUGGAGAUACGUCCACGCCCUGUACCUGGGCGUGCAGAGCCGGUGGCGACGGGGGCCCAGGUACAGGCACUUCUACUGGCGCCUGAGGUUUGAGAGCGCCGACAUCAGCAUGCUGCGGCUGCUGGAGACCUUCUUGAAGAGCGCCCCGCAGCUUGUGCUGCAGCUCAGCAUUGUGGUGCAUGCCAGCCAGCUCCUCCCUCUGCAAGGCCUCUCUGCCUCUGCCUCGUUGGUGUCUCUCUCCUGGAUGAUGGCAUCCUAUCAGAAGGCCCUUCGGGACUCGCGUGAUGACAAGCUGCCCAUGUCGUACAAGGCGGCCGUGGUGCAGAUGCUGUGGCAUCUGUUCACAGUGGGGGCUCGUGCCAUGGCCUUUGCGCUGUUUGCCUCCGUUUCCCAGCUCUACUUCGGCAUCUUCGUGGUGGCACACUGGUGUGCCAUGACCUUCUGGAUCAUCCAGGGUGAGACAGACUUCUGCAUGUCCAAGUGGGAGGAGAUCAUCUACAACAUGAUGGUGGGUAUUGUGUACGUGUUCUGCUGGUUCAGCGUGCGGGAGGGACCCACACGCUGCCGUCUGCUUCUCUACAGCCUUGUGGUGCUGGCUGAGAACGUGGCCCUCACGGCUGCCUGGUACCUAUACCGUGGGCCCCGGAUUUCCGACUUCUACGCAGUGGUGGUGGUGUGUGUGGUGGCUUGUAGCUACGCCCUGGGCACAUUCUUCAUGUUCGUGUAUUACUGCCUGCUGCACCCAGACGGCCCCGUGUCUGCCGGCCAUCUAGGGUGCGGCGUGAUGGGAGCAGGGACCGUGUCAGAGCCUUGCCUGUCAUCGGCAACCUCGGCCCCUCCCCCAGACCUGGUGAGCAGCCCCCCCAGAACAUUGCAGAGAACUAAAGGGGGGGAACAGGAAGCGGGAUUGGAGGGUGGGGACGUGUUUCAGGUGCGGCCUCCUGCUGGCUUAAGGACUCCUGCGCCCCGCUUCAGCCCAAAGAUAGAGGGUCCGGUCAUUCGCAUUGACCUGCCCAGAAAGCAGUACCCAGCCUGGGAUGCCCACUUCAUCGAUCGCAGGCUACGCAAGACCAUCUUGGUUCUAGAGAGUGCCGCCCCAGUUACCCCUAGGAUUCAGUACCGCUGCCUUGGCACGCCUAAGGAGGUGAUGGAGUACGAAACAACAGUCUGAUCACCAUAUGUUCCCAUGAAUUUGCCCCCCGCCCGCUCGCUCGCUCGCUCGCUCGCCCACUCCAAAUGUGAGGUGCAGUUGCAUCAGUGGGUCUGCAGAGUCUGUCCUCCUGCCUUAGCAGAGUUGUAGCAGGUGGGUGGCAGGGCAAGACAGGGGGAGAGACGGUGAGAGAAGAGAGGAAACAAAGAGUGCUAGUGAGGCCUCCACAUGGCGUGGAGCAGCGGGGCGCUGCUUUGGGAGCGGAUCUCUUCGGUGGUGAUGGAUUACUGGAUCAAGUGAGGAAGGGGUCAAAGGUCACAGGGCAGGUCAUUAUGAGUCUACUAAAGAUAAACGGAAGAAAAGAGUGAUGCUGAGGGUUGGUGAGAAAACAAGGGUAGAGAACUUGUUAGAAAAAAUACAUUGCGAUACGGUACGUUCACAGAGAUGGUGCUUCAAAUUGUCUUCAUCAAGCAAACAACAUUUAAAACAUAACUUGGCUGUUAAUAAGCCCUUAUGGCAAGCUGUUACAAACAGCAUUUACUUGCCGGAUUCUGAGCUUCUGUUGGUAGUAAUUUAUGAAGUCUGAGAUGUCAUAGCUUUUAGGUAGGGUAAAGUGUAUGUAUGGAUAGUUUCAUUCAAGGCCUUAAUCAGCCCAUUUAAGAGUCAUGUGACAUUAAAAAAAAGGAGCAGGCCAAAAAGAACAUAACAACAGAAUUUUUAUCUCAAGGAUAGACAAUCCUUAUCUGAGUGAACCCAAACAUUCCUUUAAUACGAAGGUGAUUAUGUCAUACUUCUGCAGUAUUUCACAGAAGAUAUUAACAGGGCUCAGAUGUUUAAGCUUCUAACUGGUCUUCAGUAUGUGUGCGAUGAAUCGAAUCAGUGUAUGUUUACAUGUUUCUAUGUAUUUCUCUUUUUAUGAUUAAUAGAAGGUUAGCAUUAUGGUUUUGUUGUCAUGAAGAUUGGAUCAACCUUUGCAAUAAAAAACAGAAAUUCUUGGAUUUUGCAGUUUGGAGGAUUCUGUCAGCAACAUAAUUUUGCUGUAUCACUUCAUGAGUUUCAUUACCUUCAUUUUAGGUGCCCUAAAAUGGAUUUUUACAUCUUUUCCACAUAUGUGGUGCAUAAUGUCCUUUACAUACUGUUUCUAAACCUAUGACCUCAAACCUCUCUGAACACAUAUAAUCCAUCAAAUGAUAACUGUACAUCUUUAAGUAUUGUAUUUGUACAGUAUUUAAGCUCUUUACUUUGAAGAUGGAACAUAAUCAAAAGGACACAAAACUUUAAAGACUAUAAAGAGAUGCAAAUUCCAUACAUGAAAUUUUUGUCUUCAGUGAGGCUGGUGAGUUCUUGGGUAGAAAGGCUACUCGUGACUCUUUGGAAUUUAAGAAUGAGAAACUAUUUGCUCAGUGCAGUAUAAUGUAAUAAUAUGGCUUUUGUGGUGCUGGUAAGUAAAUUGGUACAAACAUAGAUACUAAAAAGUAUUGUUGCACUUAGCAUAAUCUUAACAUGCACUGUCUCAGUACUGUCUUGGUGCUAAUUGCAACACGUAAACACGGUCUACAGUAGGCUGGAUUACAUCGACAAAGACUACUAGUUUAUGCUGGAUUUUUUUUCAGACGUUAGCUUAUCAUAAAGCCUUAUACUUGUCAUGUAAAUCUGUGACUACUGUAUAAAAAUUUAUGAUGGACUUCAGCUGUAUGCGUGUGUUUUUAUUUGGAAAAGUAAAUAAAUUUUAAAAGUGUUUA